ACUGUGUGACCCUGGGAAUCCAGUCUCCAUCAGAUGCCUCAUGUGUCGUUUAAUGUCUGUCAUUUUGUUACAGCUGCUAAAUUUGUGCAACUUUUUCACAGUGGAUGGUGUGUACUGUAUAUGGAAUGAGCUGCCAGAGGAUGCAGUCGAGAGCAUUAUUAUUUGGGAAGGUGAAGAUUUGAACAGGAGAGAAAAUUUGAUAUCUUCAAGAGUGGAAAUGGACACAGUUCAGGGUGUUCAGCAGAAACACAAGGAGUUGCUCUGGGUACAAACUGAGAAACUGAAAGUGAACACAAUUCUAAUGAAGGAGAAGGUGAAGAUUUUCCAGCUUGUUGAUCAGUACACGGAGUUAACGCUCAUCUCUAAUGGACGAGAUCGGACAGUUGUAGAACAUGAACUGCUGGCACGAGGCCGACACCAUGAGAGGUGCAGAGAGAAACAUCUCCAGAGAGAACUGGAAAAACUACAAACUGAGCAGUUGUUCCAGAGCAGUUUCUCCCAAAGAAAUUCCACAUCUGGAAUUAUGGUGGUAAUGAUUGGAGCCUCAGGGGUUGGGAAAACAACAAUGGUGCAAAAGAUUGUUUAUGACUGGGCCAUGGAGAAAAUAUACCCUCAAUUUCAAUUUGUUUUCAGUUUUAACUUCCGGGAUUUGAACACUAUUAACGAGAGAAUAAACCUGAGGAAGCUGAUACAGAGUCAGUAUCCUUACUUUGGGGAUGUUCUGGGAGAAGUCUGGAAAAACCCUGAGGGAUUGCUGUUUAUAUUCGAUGGUUUGGAUGAAUUCAAGGGCAAAAUUGAUUUUUCUGACAAUCAGGGAAAUACAGAAUCUCCGUUUAUGUGCACAGAUCCUGAGUGUUGGUGUGAUGUGUCUGACAUUGUGUACAGUUUAAUCCAGCACAAGUUACUCCCAGGAUGUUCGGUGUUAGUAACCACUCGUCCCACUGAGUUACAUUUAUUGGAAAAGGCUGAGAUCAGUGUUGUCUGGACAAUCCUGGGGUUUGUUGGAGAUGCACAGAAGGAAUAUUUCAACAAGUUUUUUGAUGAUCAGAAAGUGGCAGCAGCUGUUUUUAAGCACAUAGAAGAGAAUGAGAUCCUGUACACCAUGUGUUACAGCCCUUUGUUCUGCUGGAUCCUCGGUCUGUCACUGGGUCCCUUUUUCACAGAAAAGGACAGGAAACAGCAAUAAGUUCCCGAGACCAUCACCCAGCUGUAUUCCUACUAUAUUUAUAACAUUCUCGAACACCAUGGCCGAGAGAUUGAAGAUCCCCGUGAUGUGUUACUGAAGCUUGGUGAGAUGGCCUUCACUGGAGUGUCUGAGAAGAAGAUUGUGUUUCGAAAUGGUGAUUUGAUCCAGUACAAUCUACAACCGUCCCAGUUCCUGUCUGGGUUCCUGAUGGAACUUUUGGAGAGAGAUGUCUCAGUCCAGAGUGUGGUUUACACCUUCCCACAUCUCACCAUCCAAGAGUUUGUAGCUGCACUUGCUCAUUUCCUGUCUGCAGAUCCUGAGGAUAUCCAGAGUCUCAGUGAGGAGGAUGGUCGAUUUGAUAUAUUUCUCCGUUUUGUUGCUGGUCUCUCCUCUCCACAGGCAGCUAAACCCCUGCAGCGUUUUCUGGGUCGGUUUCCCCAUCCAACAACCUGUCGAGUGAUUGACUGGGUGCAGCAGAAGGUUAAAAGUCAGAUUAAAAACACAGCAAGUCCAAAUGACAAAAAGAAUAUGUUGCACUACUUGUUUGAGACUCAGAAUAAAGCAUUGACUCAGAUCGUACUCGGUUCUGCAGAAAUCCUUACGUUCCGUGGGCUGGUCCUGAAACCAGUUGACUGUGCAGUCCUGUCUCACCUCAUUGGACUAUGUGAUUUAAUACAAGAACUUGACUUGCAAUUCUGCAGCAUUGAGUGUGCAGACCUUCAGCAACUGAUACCUACUCUUCACAAGUGUCAGGUGGUGAGACUGCGGGGCAAUAAACUUGGAGAUUCAGGAGUAAAACAGCUGGCUCUGGCUCUCGGGAAACCGGACUGUAAAAUACAGAAAAUUGAUCUUUGGGAUGUUGGUCUCACAGAUUCUUGCACUAAGGAUCUCCUCUCUGCCAUCAGUGUAAACCAGUCAGUUAUGUAUCUGAACCUGGGAUCAAACUCCUUCACAUGCCAAUCUGUCCCCACUCUCUGCCAACUCAUACGGAAGUGCAGGAAUCUGAAACAAAUCUGGCUGGUGGAGAACUCCUUCACGUCACCCGGACAACUGAAGUCAUUGCAGGAUAUGAGACCUGGGCUGAAAGUUACAGUGUAAACAUUUCCAUUAAUAAACAUCACUCCUUUCAUCACAGCAACAUUCUCGUCCCUCCCUUUAAAUGGCUGUACUUGGAGUUGAAAUCUUAUUCGCUGUUUCCCAGCCUCCAGUUUGAGCUCAGUCAGGGUGUGAGUGAGUACUACGUUCAGUGCCUCGGAAUUAUCCUACUGUUUCCCUCAGUGUGUCAGAAAGUUACAUCAACGAUUCAAGUAGACAGACCAAGAACAACUUUUUGGGCAAUUUCAGCUGACAUUAAACUGUUAAAUUGAGCAUGUUAUUAAACUGAAAGAGAGCAGAAAAACUUUACAAGACUGUUGCCUGGACUGAACAGACUGAGUUACGGGGAGAGGUUGAACAAGCUCGGACCUUUUUUUGUACAGUGUAGGAGACUGAGGAACGGUACCUUUUUAUAGAGGUGCAUACGAUCAUGAGAGGCACGGAUAUGAUGAAUGCACUCAGUCUUUUUCCCAGGGUUGGGGAAUCGAAGACUAGACAGCAUU